AUGGCGAUGUUGACCAUUCUUCUGCUUCUCAGCGCUGCCUUUGCACUGGGUGAUACCCUAACUCUGGACGAAGCAAAUGAUAUGGUGGCAUCUGCAGCAGAUAAAAAAAGCCCAUGCCCCAUAGGUUGGUUCCAGUUUAAGUCACGCUGCUUCAUGUUUGUUGAGACUGCAAGGACAUGGCCUGAAGCAGAGCGCCACUGUAUGUUCCUUGGAGAAAACCUGGCGUCUGUGCAGAACACUGUGAAGUACCUUGGAGCAAACCUGGCGUCUGUGCACAGCUCUGAGGAGUCCCAAUUUCUACAGGCGGUGGUGUUGAUCAAGACUGGCGAUUUCCCUCUGACCUGGAUUGGAGGAUAUGAUGCUGUUCAGGACAGGCUAUGGUUCUGGAGUGACGGAUCCAAAUUUGAUCACGAGAACUGGGCGAAAGACGAGCCCAAUAACAAUCAGGGUGCCAGAGAGCCAUGUGUUCAGAUGAACUUUGGAGCUAUGUAG